AUGGGUCAAGAAGAACGAGAACAACCACAACAAGAACAAGAAGAGGGAGAACAAGUUGAAGCUCCUCAUUCUGAUGCGACCCCUCAGCAACCCUCCUCCUCUCAGGCCGACCCUCCUGCUCCCCCAUUCGAUCCCAGUCGAAUGAUUGGCAUCAUUAAAAGAAAGGCCUUGAUAAAGGAGUUAGCUGCUGUAUACCAUGCGGAAUGCCUUGCAUACUGUCAAGAGCUCUUGGAACUUCAAAGAAAAUGUGAUGAGCCAUUUAUUGACUUGAAACCUCCAGAAGAUUUGAAGAAGGAGACAAUGCGACCCCCCAAGCGGCUAAAGAAAACCCGCUAG